UUAUUCAAAUGUUUCAAUUGGGAAACUACUUAGACUUUAAGAGAUAAGUUGUACUGUAAUACUUGUUAUGAUUUAUAUUUUCCUACGAUCAUUAUAAAACAAUGUAACUUUUAUUCUUUCAACACAACUCUGUAAACCAUUCGUUACGUAUUUGAGUGUUAAGCAACUAAUUCAAAGGAACCUAAACUGAAUAUUUUAUAGCCGGUGCAUAGUCAAUGAAUAAGUGUUGAGUUUAAACAUGUUUUUCUUAGGAUUUAUUUAUUUUGUGCUAUUGUCGAGUGUAAAAUCAAGAAAUGUCGGUGAUGAUAUGAUAGAAACCCCAAUGGUCGAUAACCAAAAUGCCCCUUUACGUGCUAUGUUUGACAUGACAAAUGUUAACGAACGCAUCAAGGCAUACAUAUCAGAGUCUUUUGAUAGUAAAAUGUCACACUUGGUUAAUAUGAAACUAGAAGAGGUUUUGUUGGCAUCAAAAAUAGACGAGGACUUGAAGCAGCACAUUGAAAAGUUGAAGGACAAUUUAACACUGAAAUUUGAAAAUGAAAUAAAAGGAUAUAUUGAUGGCGUGCACCAGAAUUUGACCGAUACUUUAUCUGAAGAGUUGAACUCCUUUAAGAAAUCACUGCAAGAAAGUAAAACAACCACCAAGGACCAAAAUAAGGCAGAUGGCGACGAACCACCGAACACAUGCGGAGGAGUAUUAGAUGGUUGUGAGGAUUUGAAAGGAACAAUCUGUGGAAAUGGUAUGUACAGUCUUAAACCAAAAAGUUUACCACAGUUUCGAGGGUACUGUAAUAUGUGUUAUGCUGGUGGAGGCUGGACCGUUAUACAAAGACGACAAAAUGGAAAUACAAAUUUCUAUCGAGGAUGGCAAGACUAUAGAAAUGGUUUUGGUGACCAAACAGAAGAAUUCUGGUUAGGUAAUGAGAAGAUUCACAAACUAACGACAGGAGAGAGAUAUCAGCUACGAAUUGAACUACAAGAUUGGAAUAAUGAGACAAAAUAUGCUGCAUAUACUACUUUCAAUUUGGGAAACGAAGCAUCAGGUUAUAAACUAACAAUCGGAGGUUACAGUGGUACUGCAGGAGAUUCUAUGAUAUACAACAAUGGUGCAACAUUCAGUACAAAAGAUAAAGGCAAUACUUGUGCAAAAUCAACCUUUGGGGCUUGGUGGUACAAAAGCUGCACAUACUCCAAUCUGAAUGGGGAGUAUCUUCGCGGGAAGACACCUGGACUUGAUGCACAUAGAGGUGUUUAUUGGAACUACUGGACAGGACCUAACUAUUCACUUAAAAAAUCUGAAAUAAUGAUCCGAAAAAUUUAGAGGCUUGCUGAUAUAAAGAACGUUUCGUCAUUUUCAAAAAAGGAAGAUACCAAGACUGUCACAGUGAUUAUCUGCACAAACAAUACACGAUGAUCUUGUAAUAUUGUUUAAAGUGUUAUUGUAUCCUGUUAUAUGUCUUGAUAAAUAUUGCUUUCACUGUUUA